GCCCGAAGCUCGCUGUGCGUGUGUGUGUCCCUCCGCCAACGCCGCCACCUCAGCCCGGCAAAUGAACUCCGUCCGAGCCGCCAACCGGAGACCCAGGCGAGUGUCGCGGCCGCGCCCGGUGCAGCAACAGCAGCAGCAGCCCCCGCAGCAGCCGCCGCCGCAGCCACCCCAGCAGCAGCCGCCCCAGCAGCAGCCUCCGCCGCCGCCACAGCAGCAGCAGCAGCCUCCGCCGCCGCCACCGCCGCCUCCGCCGCUGCCUCAGGAGCGGAACAACGUCGGCGAGCGGGAUGAUGAUGUGCCUGCAGAUAUGGUUGCUGAAGAAUCAGGUCCUGGUGCACAAAAUAGUCCAUACCAACUUCGUAGAAAAACUCUUUUGCCGAAAAGAACAGCGUGUCCCACAAAGAACAGUAUGGAGGGCGCCUCAACUUCAACUACAGAAAACUUCGGUCAUCGUGCAAAACGUGCACGAGUGUCUGGAAAAUCACAAGAUCUAUCAGCAGCACCUGCUGAACAGUAUCUUCAGGAGAAACUGCCAGAUGAAGUGGUUCUGAAAAUCUUCUCUUACUUGCUGGAACAGGAUCUUUGUAGAGCAGCUUGUGUAUGUAAACGCUUCAGUGAACUUGCUAAUGAUCCAAUUUUGUGGAAACGAUUAUAUAUGGAAGUAUUUGAAUAUACUCGCCCUAUGAUGCAUCCUGAACCUGGUAAAUUCUACCAGAUUAAUCCAGAAGAGUAUGAACAUCCAAAUCCCUGGAAAGAGAGUUUCCAGCAGUUGUAUAAAGGUGCACAUGUAAAGCCAGGAUUUGCUGAACAUUUCUACAGUAACCCUGCAAGAUAUAAAGGAAGAGAAAAUAUGUUGUAUUAUGAUACUAUUGAAGAUGCCCUUGGUGGGGUACAAGAGGCUCAUUUUGAUGGACUUAUCUUUGUUCAUUCUGGAAUAUAUACUGAUGAAUGGAUAUAUAUUGAAUCUCCAAUCACCAUGAUUGGUGCAGCACCUGGGAAAGUGGCAGACAAAGUUAUAAUUGAAAACACUAGAGAUUCAACCUUCGUUUUUAUGGAAGGCUCUGAAGAUGCUUAUGUUGGAUAUAUGACAAUAAGGUUUAACCCUGAUGACAAAUCUGCACAACACCACAAUGCACACCACUGCUUAGAGAUUACGGUAAAUUGUAGCCCUAUUAUUGAUCACUGUAUCAUCCGAAGUACAUGUACAGUUGGUUCUGCAGUAUGUGUUAGUGGUCAAGGAGCAUGUCCCACUAUCAAGCACUGUAACAUCAGCGACUGUGAAAAUGUUGGACUGUAUAUAACAGAUCAUGCACAGGGAAUAUAUGAGGAUAAUGAAAUUUCCAAUAAUGCAUUAGCUGGGAUUUGGGUUAAAAAUCAUGGAAACCCAAUUAUUAGACGGAAUCAUAUUCAUCAUGGACGUGAUGUUGGUGUGUUCACAUUUGAUCAUGGCAUGGGUUACUUUGAAAGUUGCAACAUACACAGAAAUAGGAUAGCAGGCUUUGAAGUAAAAGCCUAUGCUAACCCCACAGUGGUUCGAUGUGAAAUUCACCAUGGGCAGACUGGAGGAAUAUAUGUCCAUGAAAAAGGAAGAGGACAAUUCAUAGAGAAUAAAAUCUAUGCAAACAACUUUGCAGGUGUAUGGAUUACCUCAAAUAGCGACCCAACAAUAAGGGGAAAUUCUAUAUUUAAUGGAAAUCAAGGAGGAGUUUACAUCUUUGGUGAUGGACGAGGCCUUAUUGAAGGAAAUGACAUUUAUGGCAAUGCAUUAGCAGGAAUUCAAAUUAGGACAAACAGUUGUCCAAUUGUUCGGCAUAACAAAAUUCAUGAUGGCCAACAUGGUGGGAUUUAUGUGCAUGAAAAGGGACAAGGAGUAAUAGAAGAGAAUGAAGUUUAUAGUAACACUCUGGCUGGAGUCUGGGUGACAACUGGCAGCACUCCAGUACUGAGAAGAAACCGGAUACACAGUGGCAAGCAGGUUGGUGUUUAUUUUUAUGACAAUGGACACGGAGUACUAGAAGACAAUGAUAUCUAUAAUCACAUGUAUUCAGGGGUUCAGAUAAGGACUGGAAGCAACCCCAAAAUUAGACGCAACAAAAUCUGGGGAGGACAGAAUGGUGGAAUUCUAGUUUAUAAUUCUGGUCUAGGCUGUAUAGAAGACAAUGAAAUAUUUGACAAUGCAAUGGCUGGAGUCUGGAUUAAGACAGAUAGUAAUCCUACACUAAGAAGAAAUAAAAUCCAUGAUGGAAGAGAUGGUGGCAUCUGUAUAUUUAAUGGGGGUCGAGGUCUCCUUGAAGAAAAUGAUAUUUUCAGGAAUGCUCAAGCAGGUGUUCUCAUCAGCACUAAUAGUCAUCCAAUCUUAAGGAAAAACAGAAUAUUUGAUGGAUUUGCUGCAGGUAUUGAAAUUACAAAUCACGCAACUGCAACACUAGAAGGCAAUCAGAUUUUUAACAACCGGUUUGGAGGCUUAUUUUUAGCAUCUGGUGUUAAUGUGACAAUGAAAGAUAACAAAAUAAUGAACAAUCAAGAUGCCAUAGAAAAGGCUGUUAGUAGAGGCCAAUGUUUAUAUAAAAUAUCAAGUUAUACCAGCUAUCCCAUGCAUGAUUUCUACAGAUGUCAUACUUGCAACACCACAGAUCGAAAUGCCAUAUGUGUGAACUGCAUUAAGAAGUGCCAUCAGGGACAUGAUGUAGAGUUUAUUAGACAUGAUAGGUUUUUCUGUGACUGUGGUGCUGGAACACUGUCUAAUCCUUGUACAUUAGCUGGUGAGCCUACACAUGAUACAGAUACACUAUAUGACUCUGCUCCACCUAUAGAAUCUAAUACAUUGCAGCACAACUGAAUUCCUUCCCUAAAGAAAAAGUCCUGCCAUUGUAACAUCAUAACUUAAAACAUUUUUUUGGAAGAAGAUUUAACAUAUUUGCCCAUGCUACAGGAAGAGACUGUAUUAAAAAUGGAUACACAAGGUCAGUUGACACUAUGAAGCUCAAGCUACCAAAAAGAAAGUGGCAAUAUAUUGACUCAGGAUCUCAAAGCUGGGUGUUUUAGCAUUACUGUGUAAAGACUUGAAGGGACAGAAGUGAAGAAAAUAAGCUGCAAUUUUGUACAGAUACCAACUUCUGAAAAGCUGGUGUUUUUACAACUAGCAUUGAAUGCAGUCCAAUUUGCAGUAGUAAUCUUCAGUAGACAAGCAGCUUUGUUGCUGCCUUUAUGGACAUGGGUACCAAUUGCUUUUGUAAUAUGGUAAAAAUGUGAGCUAGCACUUCUGCGUUCCUUUUGAUUUUUUUUUUAACAUGUAUUCAGAUUGAGAAAUAUGAUUUUAAUGCUUUAAUCUCAUGUAGUUUGUUUUUAAUUUCAAGCAAAAUCUUAUUGUACUUGAAUGUGCCCUGUUUUGUUAGCACACCUAGACUUGCUGUAAACUGUACUCAUGUCCCAGUAUGUACGUUCUUUCUAUGAAAGAGAAAACACUAAUCUUAAAUUA